AAUCUCGCUCUCGCUCAAUCUUUUUAAUUGUGUCAAGUUAACAUCUUUUGACACGUAGGAAAUAAUUUCCUCUCGGAUAUCAAGUAGAUCCAUAUUUUGUAACAUAUUUACAUUUGUAUUAUAUUAGGAUAGUUAUUAAACAUUUAUGAAGUUUUAUUUAUAAAUAUUCCAACAAAUAGUUUCAAUAUAAUGGCAAGUCCAAGAACAAGACGUGUUUUACAAGAAUUAAAACCCAGUAAUGAAAACGAUAAAUGCUUUGAGUGUGGAACACUUAAUCCACAAUGGGUGUCAGUCACAUAUGGAAUAUGGAUUUGUUUAGAAUGUUCUGGGAAACAUCGUGGGUUAGGAGUCCAUUUAUCAUUUGUACGAUCUGUUACUAUGGAUAAAUGGAAGGAUAUAGAACUAGAAAAAAUGAAAUUAGGAGGUAACAGAAAUGCUCGGAUAUUUUUUGAAGCACAACCAGACUGGCACGAUGAUAUGACCCUACAACAAAAAUACAAUUCUAAAGCUGCAGCUCUUUACAGGGAUAAGAUUUCCACUUUAGCUCAAGGAAAACCAUGGGAUGAAAGGAAAUCUCCCGCUCAAAAUUACACAAGUAAUUUAAUUGGAGGCAACUCAUUACAACAUUCUAGCUCAAAAACCAAUCACACUUCUUCUGCCAGUACUUACCAAUCAUCGUCUUAUGAUACAUAUGAGGGUGGUUAUCAGAAUAUGAACUCCCCAGAGUUUAAAAACCAAAAGGAAGCAUUUUUCUCAAAGAAACAAAUGGAGAAUGCAAGUAGACCAAAUGACGUUCCACCGAGCCAAGGAGGGAAAUACAGCGGAUUUGGAUAUACAAUGGAACCUCCACCUAGAAGCCAAUCUCAAGAAUUUGUAGAUUCAGCCAUAUCAUCUCUAGCUAAUGGUUGGUCCUUCUUGUCCUCUUCAGCAACAAAACUAGCGAGCAAAGCGUCCGAAAACGCCGUUAAAUAUGGAGGAUUAGCAAGUCAGAAGGUAGUUGAAGUUAGUUCACAUGUAGGGGAAAAGGUUAGAGAAGGAACACUAUUAGAAGAAGUUGGUUGUCAAGUUACUAGUUUAACCAAUAAGAUGUCCGAACUGGGCAAAAGGGGGUGGAAAGAAGUGAGCAAUUUAGGCAAUGAGAACAACAGUGGCGGAGGAUAUGGUGAAGUAGCUGGGGACAAUUAUUCUCCGAGUGAAAAAUCAUCAUUGUAUAGUCAAGGAAACGGAUAUGUUAGAGAGGAGGAUUGGAGUUGUAAUAGUCAGCAAGGUUCGAAAGCAUCAAGUCCUAAAUCUCCCAAUCAAAACUGGGAAGGAGAUUGGAGUGGUUAUCAAAAUGAAGAUCACGGUAGUUACCAAUCCGAUUUAAAAACUUAUUCCUCAAAUAGUAUAACAUCGCCAACAGAAGAUAGAUCCAGUAAAAGUAACAAAAAAGAAAGAAAACCCAAGGAAAAAGAAACACAAAAAAAGGUGGAAAAUACGUGGAAUGAUAAGUGGGGAGAUGAUGAAUUGUGGGAAAGUUUGAAUAAAUAAACAUUUUAUCCAUCCUUUUAAAGGAUUUAAAUUCAAUGAAUAACUGUACAGAUUGGUCCAAAAAUGUGGAAAUAUUUAAUUGUAUGUAAUAUACACGGUGUUAACUUGUAACAGAAUAUAUUUAUCCAAAGUGCCA